AUGACAAGAGCUGCGGCUAAGGAAGGAGAGCCCAAUGGGGCCAUCGCAGUUCCUGAAGAGAUAAAAAAGGAGGAAAUGGAAGAGAGAGGCCAGUGGGGCAGCAAAAUGGAGUUUGUGCUGUCUGUGGCCGGGGAGAUCAUCGGUCUGGGUAACGUGUGGAGAUUCCCAUACCUCUGCUACAAGAAUGGUGGUGGAGCCUUCCUCAUCCCUUACCUCAUCUUCCUCUUCACCUGUGGGAUCCCCCUGUUCUUCCUGGAGACGGCGCUGGGGCAGUACACGAGCCAGGGAGGGGUCACUGCCUGGAGGAAGAUCUGUCCCAUCUUUGAAGGAAUUGGAUAUGCCUCACAAGUCAUCGAGUGCUACCUGAACAUCUACUACAUCAUCAUCCUGUCCUGGGCACUCUUCUACCUGUUCAGCUCCUUCACCGCAGUGCUACCGUGGGCCAGCUGCAAUAACCCCUGGAACUCAGAUCUCUGUGUGGACAUUCUGAAUAGCUCCAGCUUGGACAACAGGACCUUGCCUGCGAACGCCACCUCCCCAAUGAUUGAGUUUUGGGAGAAGCGAGUCCUGGGGCUCACGGAUGGUAUUCACAAACUGGGCACUGUGCGCUGGGAGCUGGCUCUGUGUCUCCUGCUGGCGUGGAUCAUCUGCUACUUCUGCAUCUGGAAAGGGGUCAAGUCCACAGGCAAAGUCAUUUACUUCGCUGCCACCUUCCCGUACUUGAUGCUUAUCAUCCUGCUGGUGCGAGGAGUCACGCUGCCCGGUGCUGCCGAGGGGAUCAUCUUCUACCUGAAGCCGGACAUUUCCAGGCUGGCAGACCCACAGGUGUGGAUGGAUGCAGGCACUCAGAUCCUCUUCUCUUAUGCCAUUUGCCAGGGGUGCCUGACAGCUCUGGGCAGCUACAACAAAUAUACCAACAACUGUUACAGGGACUGCAUCAUGCUCUGCUUCCUGAACAGUGCCACCAGCUUCGUUGCUGGCUUUGCCAUUUUCUCUGUGCUGGGCUUCAUGGCUCGAGAGCAGGGUGUACCCAUUGCAGAAGUGGCUGAAUCAGGUCCUGGCCUGGCUUUCAUAGCGUAUCCAACGGCAGUAACGAUGAUGCCUGUGUCUCAGCUCUGGUCCUGCCUCUUCUUCCUCAUGUUGAUCUUCUUGGGACUGGAUAGCCAGUUCAUCUGUGUGGAAAGCGUGGUGACAGCUCUUAUUGACAUGUACCCGGGAGUGUUUCGCAAGAAGGGGCGUCGGGAGCUGCUGAUCCUGGCCGUUGCAGUCAUAUGCUACCUGCUGGGCUUAUUGCUGGUCACUGAGGGUGGGAUGUACGUCUUCCAGCUCUUUGACUACUAUGCUGCCAGCGGCACAUGCCUGCUCUUCCUGGCCAUUUUUGAAGUAAUCUGUAUAGGAUGGGUCUAUGGUGCCAACCGCUUCUACGACAACAUUGAGGACAUGAUUGGUUUCCGGCCAUGGCCCUUGAUCAAGAUAUGCUGGCUGGUGGUCACCCCGGGUCUGUGCUUGGCUGUCUUCCUGUUUUCCCUGAUCAAGUACACGCCCUUGAAAUACAACAAUUCCUACGUGUACCCGACCUGGGGCUACGUGGUGGGCUGGCUGAUGGCACUCUCCUCCAUGGUCUGCGUUCCUCUCUAUGCCAUCUUCAUCCUCCUGAAAACCAAAGGACCCCUGAAGCAGCGGCUGACACAGCUGAUUUCCCCAGCGGAGGACCUGCCGCAGCCAAAGAGCCCAUGGCGGGGGGGGAAGCCCAUGGCGGGUCUGUCCAAAGGGAAGCACAAGGGAUGGUCUCCUCCAGUCCAGGAGGUGCUCAGCAUCACAGAGAGAGAAACCCACUUCUAA